UCUUUGGUGUUUAUUCUUUUAGCAUGGACAUCAAAACCUUUGCUUUCGCCGCAGCUACACCACCCUUAUCGGUGAUCGCCGCCGUCAAGCUCGCCGGAAUCUCUCCCCUGAUUGACACCUCUCUCCCUCCCGACUCCGCUCCCACGCUUCUCUUCUCCGAUGGGCUAAAAUUGCACGGGGCAUGUGUUCUUCUACGAUAUGUUGGGCGAGUUGCCAGCAUUCCCGGUUUCUAUGGGCAAAAUGCAUUUGAAUCUGGCCAGAUUGAUGAAUGGCUGGAGUAUGCUUCUGUCCUCUCAUCAGGCCCUGCUUUUGAGAGUGGAUGCAAAUAUAUAGAUGAGUACUUGGUGAAGCGUACAUUUUUUGUUGGUCAUUCAUUAUCAAUUGCAGACCUAGCAAUCUGGGCAGGUCUUGCAGGAACUGGAAAGAGAUGGGAAAGUCUAAGGAAGUCAAAGAAAUAUCCAAAUCUUGUACGAUGGUUCAAUUCAAUAGUGACAGAAUACGGCGCUGUCUUAAAUGAAGUCACAACAUAUGUUGGCAAAAAAGGAUUGGGAGAGCCAUUGGCAACCAAGUCAAAAGACCAGCCAGUAGUCACUGAUAAAGUGAAGAAUGUUAAUGGUGAUGUAUCUGAAAAUAUUAAAGGAGGAAGCAAACCUUCUGCGGAAAUAGAUCUUCCAGAUGCUGAAGUUGGAAAAGUUCGUUUGCGAUUUGCACCUGAACCUAGUGGCUAUCUUCACAUUGGACACUCAAAAGCAGCUCUGUUGAACAAAUAUUUUGCUGAACGAUACCAAGGCCAGGUUAUUGUGCGUUUUGAUGAUACCAAUCCUGCUAAAGAAAGUAAUGAAUUUGUCGACAAUUUGGUGAAAGAUAUUGAUACAUUAGGUAUCAAAUAUGAACAAAUUACAUAUACAUCAGAUUACUUCCCUGAGUUGAUGGAAAUGGCUGAAAAAUUAAUUCGCCAGGGUAAAGCAUAUGUUGAUGACACUCCACGGGAACAAAUGCAAAAAGAGAGAAUGGAUGGCAUUGAAUCUAAAUGCAGAAACCAUAGUGUAGAGGAGAAUAUGAAAUUAUGGAAGGAAAUGAUUGCAGGAUCAGAGAGGGGCUUGCAAUGUUGUGUCCGUGGCAAGUUGGAUAUGCAGGACCCAAACAAAUCGCUUCGAGAUCCUGUUUAUUAUCGUUGCAAUCCAAUGCCUCAUCAUAGAAUUGGGUCCAAGUAUAAAGUGUACCCAACGUACGAUUUUGCAUGUCCGUUUGUUGAUGCUAGAGAAGGUAUAACGCAUGCCCUUCGAUCUAGUGAAUACCAUGAUCGCAAUGCUCAGUAUUACUGGAUUCAAGAGGACAUGGGACUUAGAAAAGUUCUCAUCUAUGAAUUCAGCCGGAUGAAUAUGGUCUACACUCUUCUCAGCAAACGAAAGUUACUGUGGUUUGUCCAAAAUGGGAAAGUUGAUGGAUGGGAUGAUCCACGAUUUCCUACAGUGCAAGGAAUUGUGCGCAGAGGUUUGAAAAUCGAAGCACUAAUACAGUUUAUACUUGAACAAGGGGCGUCAAAAAAUCUCAAUCUCAUGGAAUGGGACAAGCUCUGGACCAUUAAUAAGAAGAUUAUUGACCCUGUCUGUCCUAGACACACUGCUGUUAUUGCAGACAGACGUGUGUUGUUGACUCUCACUGAUGGUCCUGAGAAACCAUUUGUCCGCAUCAUACCUCGGCACAAGAAAUAUGAAGCUGCUGGAGAUAAAGCUACAACAUAUACUAAAAAGAUAUGGAUUGACCAUGCUGAUGCAGAAUCUAUAUCACCGGGUGAGGAAGUAACCUUAAUGGAUUGGGGAAACGCCAUAGUGAAGGAAAUAGAGAAGGACCAAGAUGGUAUUGUCACAGAAUUGAGUGGUGUUUUGCAUCUUGAAGGAUCUGUGAAGACCACAAAAUUGAAACUCACUUGGCUACCUGACAUAGAUGAACUAGUUAGCCUGACAUUGGUGGAGUUUGAUUAUCUAAUCACAAAGAAAAAGCUUGAAGAAGGGGAGGAUUUCAUUGAUGUGCUUAACCCAUGUACGAAAAAGGAGACUCUGGCAUUUGGAGACUCCAACAUGCGAAAUCUUCAGCGUGGAGAGAUAUUGCAGCUGGAGAGGAAGGGAUAUUUCAAGUGUGAUGUACCCUUCAUUCGUCCCUCAAAACCAAUCGUGUUACUUGCAAUCCCCGAUGGCAGGCAGCAAACAUGUUUAAAGUGAUCUUUUUGUUCUUAAAACUGUUUUAGAGAUCAAUCCACAUUAAAGGCUAGCAGUUAGUAAUGGGGAUUAGAAGUUUGUGCAACUAUUUUCAUGUUUACCAUCACUACUAUAUUAUGUAUCUAAGAAUAACCACUUUAAAUGGUUUCUUGACUAGCAAUUGGAAAAGUCUUCGCUCUCGCCUUUUUCUUUUUU